AUGGCCUCUGGGAACCACAGUGUCAUCACAGAGUUUGUUCUCAUCGGACUGUCCAGCAACCCCUCCGUCGAAGCUCUGCUCUUUGUGCUCUUCCUGGCGAUCUACGUGCUGACUACGCUGGGCAACCUGACCAUGCUGUUGGUGAUCAGGACCGAUGCCCACCUCCACACCCCCAUGUACUUCUUCCUGAGUAACCUCUCGUUCCUAGACCUCUGCUUGUCCUCCGUCACCAUGCCCAAGCUGCUCAAGGACCUCCUGUCUGAGAAGAAAACCAUCUCCAUCGAGGGAUGCCUAACUCAGGUCUUCUUUGUGUUUGUCACCGCAGGGACUGAAGCCUUUCUCCUGUCCAUGAUGGCCUAUGACCGCUACGCUGCCAUCUGCCACCCCCUGCUCUAUGGCCAGAUGAUGAGCAACGAGCUCUGUGUCAAGCUGGUGUUGCUCUCAUGGGCUUUGGCCUCUGUCAACUCAGUCGUCAUUGUGCUCUUGGCUGUUAACCUGGAUUUCUGCGAGUCCCAGACCAUACACCACUACACCUGCGAGCUGCCCUCCCUCUUCCCUCUGUCUUGCUCUGAUAUUUCCAUCAACAUUGACAUCUUGAUCGUCAUCACCCUACUGCAUGUGCUUGGGACCUUCACCCCCAUUUUCUUGUCCUACAUACGCAUCGUCUCUGCCAUCCUGAGCAUCAGCUCCACCACGGGCAGGAGCAAGGCCUUCUCCACCUGCUCCUCCCACCUCAUCGCGGUGGUUCUGUUCUUCGGGUCGGGCUUGGUUCGCUAUCUGAUGCCCACCUCUGGCUCCUCCCUAGACAUGCUCUCCUCCUUGCAGUACAGUGUGGUCACGCCCAUGCUGAAUCCCCUCAUCUACAGCCUUAAAAACGUGGAAGUGAAGGUAGCUGUGAAAAAGACAUGGGAGAAAUUUCUGCAACAUUUCAGGUAG